AUAUGUUGUGAGGAUAUAAUUCAUCGUUCAGAAGAAGAGGAAGUCACAGAUGCACCAGCCAUUGGAGAAGGUAAGGUAUACUGGUGAAAAGCUAAUGACUGAUUUACAUGUACAGAUGAUAUACUUUUGUAUUGUAUGCCCAAACCAUUGGCUUUAACAUGGUUUGUGUCAUUGCUUUUUGAUAUAUUUGAUUUUGUUGUUUACUACCUACAUUUAUCUCGUGUAAUGACUACUGUAUAGCAGAUCAGUCCCCUCUUUUUUGCUUGUAUUAAAAACUUUCAAUUGAUCAAACAAUAAACCCAUCAUAAUGUCGUGCCGGGAAUUUCCAUCCACGUGGACCAAAUUUUUGUCCGCGUUUAAUUUCCUCCCUUCACUUACUUAUGGGAAAGAUACUCAAAAUAACGAAACUAUUAACAAGGUGAAUAUAAAGUUGUGAAUACGAAUUUUAUCCAGAAUGAUUUAAAAUACUUUUUUACAGAAUGUGUUGAAGAGUGUUGUCUUCAUUUGAUUGCUGAGAGCUUGGGAAAACAUUGGAAAGAUCUUGGCAGAAAGUUGCACCUCAAAGAUGCAGAAAUUCAAAACAUUUCUGCAGACUCGUCUCAACAAAAAGAACAUGGAUACCAAGUACUCUUGAAGUGGAAAAAACGUCGUGGCACAACAGCCCUUGUAGGAGAGUUGACCGAUGCCCUGAAACACCUGCAAUUGAGUGACAUCUCUGAUGAACUAAAUAAACAUUUUAAAGAAUCACAUAUCACAAUGCACCCGGACAAAGUCUGA